AUGGACGGCGUGGAAGUCGAUUUUUUGCUCGGUUAUACAGCUUUCAACCAGGAGUUUCAGUGGCUUCCUCCCUUUGGGCCUAAAUUUGCUAAGAAGCCUUCCGAUAACGAGGCUCUGCGCAGAUUCUAUAGGUCACUGCCGGAUAUUUCUGAACAGCUCAAGCCGCCUCCCCUUCAAAAGAUUGAGGGCGGAUUGGAAAAUCUGAGAGUUGGCCUUGACUUGCUACGUCAAGGGAAGGUUUCUGGUACCAAGUUGGUCGCAUGUCUGGAAUAA